AUAAUGACUGCAGUUUUGUACGCAACAAAACAAAACAAAACAUCAUUAAUAAUUUAGAGAUGGAUUAUAUAGUUAAGGAAUUAGGUAUAAGUAAUAAGAAUAUAUUCCCAACUGCAUCCCCUGGCCUGUUCUCCGUCGUCGUCCACACAGCUUGGUUGAAAAAAUGGAUAAAAAACAUCGAAAUAGAUACCUCGCUGAACAAUGUAGAUUUUACCUUGCAACCUGGUGAAAGUGUACCUUAUCCGUGGCGAAAAAUAUUUAUGAGGGUGUUGAGUAAAAAAGUGUCCAAGGUUCUUCCUUUACCUCGUUAUAAGCUUAACGAAAACACUAACGAGACUCCCCUCACGUUCUCCCAACUCUUACAAUAUGUGUCACAGAGUAACCAAAGAACACUGUGGAAAGAAGCAUACAAGAAAUAUUGUCAAAAUAAUGAUAGCAGUAAGGAAAGUACCAUAGUGAAUCUAUUGGAGCAUGACCAGUUGAUGUCUGAGGUAGUGCUCCGCUUGUAUGGGUGUAAUAUAAUUAGAGUAAAGUGUGAUGGAGCUGGAAAAAACAUAGAGUACAAAGAGAUAAUACCUAAUAAACAUGUUUUAAAAAUGUAUGAAACUCAUGGCAACCUGCUAGCAGCCAUGUUUACUAUAGAAACAGAUAAUAACUUAUACAUUAUAUAUAGGGCACAAUAUGAGAAUACCCUCCUAGACUGUCUGAACUUCAGUCCAAACUUAAUAGACAUGAAUUACAGUAGAGGCUUGUUCAUAGUGUACCAACUGUUGAACUUGUCUAAAGCUAUGAGUGACAGAGGGCUAAGCUUGGGGAUGUUGACCCUUCUAGAUAUUUACUUGUCUGAGAAUUUGUGGCUGCAGGUUUUACCAACAAUAACUAAUAAUAUACAUUGUUUGGAUGCUUCCCUGAUUAUUGAACACAAUAGAAGUAAACAGACCACUCCUGCAAUAAGUCAGGCUCCUCCUGGGAAAAGGGGAGAGGAGUGGUGUUGGCGCAAGGAGGCUAUUCAGUUAGAGAAGCUGUGUAUGUUGUGGGUGAGAGGAAGGAUAUCUAACCUUGACUAUUUGCUACACCUGAAUAUUUUAGCUGGAAGAGCGACCAAUGAUCCACAAGCCCACUUCAUGGUCCCUUGGGUCACUGAUUUCUCGUCUAGAUGUGGUAGAAACUGGCGAGACCUAAGCAAGUCGAAGUACCGGCUGAAUAAGGGUGACAGACAGUUAGACAUGACCUAUGACGUCAGCAGUUGCACCGACCAGAUCCCGCACCAUGUUUCCGACGCCCUCUCUGAUAUAACUUGCUACGUCUACCUAGCGCGCAGAACACCUAAGGAGGUUUUAUGUAAAUAUGUGAGAAAUAAAUGGGUGCCGGCUGAAUAUCCCGCGUCGAUACAACGCAUGCAGGAAUGGACCCCAGACGAGUGCAUACCGGAGUUCUACACAGACCCCACUGUGUUUAAGAGCAUACAUGAAGAUCUGCCGGACCUAGGUAUACCGUCGUGGGCGACCUGUGUGGAGGACUUUAUAACGAAACAUAGAGAAGCAUUAGAGAGUACGCAUGUGUCGGAGAACUUGCAUCAUUGGAUUGAUAUCACUUUUGGAUACAAAUUAUCAGGCGCUGCGUCAGUAAAAGCUAAGAACGUUUGUCUAUCGCUGGUAGACGGACACACGCGCAUCCGUCGCGGGGGCGCGGUGCAGUUACUGACCGCGCCCCACCCGCCCCGCGCCCCCCGCGCCCUGCCCCCCGCGCCCCCGCGCCUCCACUGGACCGCACCUAAGGAUGCUAAAAAGUCCCUCAGAAACGACAGUUCAGAUGACGUGUCUGAUGAUGAAGAGGAGUCGACCAGCCUUCCUCAGCACGUGUCGCGGUUGAACGUGCCUCCACAACGCGUCAGGUCUCGACACAAAAGCAGCAGUAGAGCUCGCUCCCUGUCCAAGAGCCAAGGACUUGAGGACUCGCAGACUGUCCCCAUGGAAGGCAGAGCUUCCUCCCACUCCCGGCACUACAGGGUCCAAAGAUCAGAGCUCGGCAAAGGUGUUAUAUACCUCCCCAAAGAGUUCAACCCGGUAGCUUCCAUACAGGCGAUAGAAUCCCUCGACAAUUUCAGGACAAAAUGCUUCUUCACCAAAGCUGAAGAUAAGGAGAAACAUAAAGAAAAUGUCACCACUUUAAACUUGUAUCCGGUGCAGCAGGAUAUGAGGCAGGAUAGUACGGUGUCCACGAAGGAAGGUUCUGAUGAUACUGCAUUCACUAAUCACAUGUUCUUGGCGUCCUAUGACCAGAGUUAUUUGAAGAAGUUCACUCAGGAUGCGCAUUUGGAAAGUGUUCUCAAGGAGAGGAAAAAUAGGACAUUCAAUACUAGAUAUACGACAGAUGCAGCGAUCUACAAGCAGUUUGUUACAGAAAGUAGACGUCAGGAUAUGCUAGUCAUAGGGUGUUUGAUCGUGGAAAUAUUUUUACAUAGCUACAUGCGUCCGCUUCGAACCGCCAACGAUAACUUCUUAGAACGCUACAACAACUGCCGGACAGUACUAAAAUACAAUUUCAAUGCGUUACCAAGAAGUGUUAGUUACAUAGCGUCAUUACUUCUAAACGUUCAACCCCUCAGUUUGAGUUACAAAAACGAACUGACCCCGAAAAAGGAGGAGCCCAUGAAGAAGAUUUUAGUAACCGAUAAAGGGUUGCCAGCUCCCACUCCGGCGCAGCUUUUGCAACCUUUAUUGAUGCAGCAUUUGAUACCGUUUCCUCAAAGCUUUAAUAUUUUGUACAAGUUGUUGAAUACGCUGCACGAGUACGAGCUCACGAGCACGGAGCUAAACAUUCUCUAUACGUAUGAAUGUGAUGGCGUGCAGUGCGAGAAAUAUCAAAAUGUGGACAAAACGAAGCUAUAUUUUAACCAGAAAAUAGCUGAAGGAAAGAUUCAAGCGUGCGCUACACACUUAGAAGUUCUGUUAAACCAAGUAAAUUGUUAUAACCAGUUCGAUGUCUUAGACAUCUUCCUCUCCCACUAUAUAGAGCUAUUGCAGAACAAGGACACGUCGGUAUUAGCCGCGUGGUACUUAUUCGACACGGUCAGCAAAGCUUUGGGGCCCGCAGAGACGAGGAAGAAGCUUCUCAAACAUAUUCUGAACCUUUACGAAGACGAUGACUUUGCUGUGGACAAACCUGACCAGCAUAAGUUGACCGACAUCGAUGGCACUCUCGCAGGGGGAGUGUCGAACAAACAGAAGUUUGUGAAGCUCUACCACAAUAUAUUCCUCCUUCAGCUCAUGGUCAGGUUGGGGCUCCAAUGUUUCCUGGACAACUUCACACAACACCUAGUUGAGGCUGUUGGUGGUUACAAGGAUGUAACGGAGGAAGCUGGCUCUCCAGGCCAUUUGUGUCACAACAAAGCAUUAUCCAGUAAAAAGCCGAGAUAUUCUGAUGAUAAUGUGAAGAAUGCGCUGUCCAGUAAUACGGAUAUAUUUUCACCUGACACAUCGUACGGGUCUGAACACGUAACGACCCCUGGGGUCGAGAAAACUGAGACUCACGAAGGUUUAAAGGAGAAAGACAGUGAUAAUAGAAGCGAAAAUGAGUUGUUCCAUUUCGAGACUGAUAAGGACAGGCUGCCCAGCCGAAGUAGUAGAAGCAAAUCACCCGCGGAGUCCAUAGACUCGUACAACUCGAACACUCAAGAUAACAUCCACACUCCCUCGCCUUCAAUAGACCAUGUCUCACCAAUAUCCACUAAGUACUUCACAGCAAAUGCUGCAGCCCAAAAAGAACUAAAUCCGCUACAAAAUAGAGAUCAAAAUCACGAAGCAAUGACACCUUCCAACAAACCAAUGUCUCCAACUAUAGAAAUACCGACGAAGCCGAUGUUUACGAGUUACUUACAUUUCGCAGAGGAAGAUGAUUCUGAGGUAGAACUGAGGAGGAAAUCUCACGAGCCCCAGAUAAACUUGGAACUAGGGAAACAUAUGGAGAGGUCAGCUAAAGGGUCUCGAAGUAUGAACGAUGAAGAUUUCCAAGGAUUUAAAGACCCCAACACGUCCAAAAUUUCUGAUAUGAGUUCUGAAAGUUUAAUUUGGUUGGCGCAUAGAUUAGGCCCAGUACUUACUUGUCGGUAUAUAACACGGAAUUUACUGAAGAUGCUGACAUUAUGUUAUAUUGGGAAGGAUAACUUGGCGCCGUGGGACAGUGAGGAUAGAGAUGAAUUUGAUGAGAUAUCAAUUGUGAGCAGCCGAGUGGUUGGCGAUAGAAAUGCUAUGAAGGUGAUCAAGUGCCUCACUUCUAUUGUGGCGAUGUACGGGGAACAGCUAAUAAUAUUCCAAUACCUGCCUCACAUGGGUGAGUUGAUAGCGUCGUGUCGGCGUCGCCUGUCCGCGCCGCUAGAGGGCGGCGUGGUCGCCUGUCUACAGCUCGUGAAAUACUUACUGCCGCAUAUGUCUGAUGUCAAACUCAUGGAGCAGUUGCAGGACACAUUCCUCAAAUCAAUCCUGCAACCAGCUCUCCGCCUAGCGUCGACGACUCGUUGUUCGUACCCGAGCGGCGCUGCGGCGCGGAGCUCACUCACUCGGAAGCUGCUGGACGCGCUGCACGUACUGGCGCUGAGGAUAGGACCGGAGAUGACCAGGAGACAUCUUUGUGUACCGGCUUUACAAAGAUUCUUCUUGGCGUUCGAUAAAGCAACUGGCAAGAUUGACAACUGGCCGAAACAAGAAGAAACCACACCGGAAAAGGCAUCAGAGCAAGAGCCGUCCGAUGCAAAGCCGGAAGGGUUCCUGGAGAUAUGUCGCGACGGUAGCACGGCGGAGUGGCGCGUGCAGGACGGACGAGUGGUCCGCGCCGACAUACCCGACCUCGCCUGCACGCCGCCUGAUAUAUCCGACCACAGCAACGAUACUACCCGGCUGACGGCUCAAGAAGAGUUACUGAUGGUAUUCGACGAGGAAUUAGCGUACCGUGCAUAUACUACCUUCGUGAAGUCCAUAGGAACGGACACAAUGGAGCGGUGUCUCAAGAACAUAGACACCGUCAGAGCACUCUGUAGGAACUAUGAACAAAACCAUCGUAUCAGCUCUCCUCUUCAAAUACGUCCGGACAAGCGCGUUCAGCUUUCAUUCAGUGACGAGCCUUUAAGUCGAAAAGCCGAUUCUUCAAGCAAAUCUGAUGUGGUCAUGGACCAUAUAUCCAGCUCAAACAGUUUCGGAUCCAACGUCACAUUAGUCGGGAAUCGUAUAGAUGUCGCUAGUGAUGCGUGUGACGUCGCCAGUGGUGCGCACGCGCAUGGUUUCGAUGUCGUCGCUUAUAAAGCUGAUAAUGGGAUUAAGAGUAAUAGACAUUUACGUGGUGACUGGCUGAUCUACUGGGAGCACGAGAUUGGUCGGCCGGACAAGGAGACCCGGUUCAACUUGAAGCAGAUCAAGUUGCAGACCUUCGUGGGCCACACCCACUCCGUUAAGUCCAUCCACUGCUUGGACAACGAGAACAGCUUCAUGAGCGGCUCCAAGGACAAGACUGUGAGGUUGUGGUCGCUGAGGAACCAGGGUGACGGUAACGCGACGUCUCAGUGUAACUGGACGUAUACUGGCCACAAGAAGGGCGUGCUAUCCCUGACGUUCCUGGAGUCACUCCGUCUGGCCGUGUCCACAGACUCCGUCGUGCAUAUAUGGGACCCGUUCAUGGAGAGCGUCGUGUCGCAGUUGGAUAACUUAAAGAGUCCGGUGAGUAUAGUCCGUACUCUGGCGGGCCCGUCGGCCGCAGUACUGGCCGCCACCACGGACGCCACGCUCAGGGUCAUCGACGCACGGACUCCCCACACCUCGCAUGAACUCAAGCUCCCGAUGAGUGCGACAACGUUCAUCCGCUGCAUGUGCGUGAGCUCUGCGGGCGGCUGGGCGGCCUGCGGGCUCGCCAGCGGACACGUCGCCGUCACCGACCUCCGCACCGGACUCACCAUCGCCGUCUGGAAGGCGCAUGAUGGAGAGGUAUUGAGACUGGCGACAGUAGACGAGCACAGACUGCUCAGCUCAGGCCUGGACCAGGUCACGGCUCUGUGGAGACCUGACGACGGAGAACUCAUUGCACAUCUCAAAGGCAGCACAGAGCCCGUCCACUGCCUGUCGGUGUACUACAAAGAGCUGAUCUCGGGCACCACCAACAACCGCGUGGGCGUGCACACGUCGCUGGGCCAGGACGCCAGCUUCUCCAGCACCAAGCUACGCUCCGACACCUUCCGGGGCGUGCUCACUUGUAUGGCCGUACUACCGCUCAAUAGAUUACUACUACUCGCCAGUGAUAACGGCACUAUCAGUCUACUGUGCUAAAAAAGGUAUUAUAAAUAUUGUUUUGUAUUAUAACUCUACAUAUUAAUUAAUUAUCUAUGUUUAACGGUGACUCGCGACGCGGUGAACGCCGCACAAUGCUACUCAUAGUUAUGAGCUCCAAUCGUGGCUCGUAACUAGUCGAGAUACCUCGUUAAACAUAAAUAAUUAAGAUGAAUAUGUAAUUAAUUAAAAUCCUUGUUUAAUAAGUUACUAUCGAGAUUCAAUAAUGAGGAUAUCGUCCAUUCCAAAGUGUAUGUUUUAUUAUAUGUUAUUAUAUAUAAUGGUACCUGUAACUGUGUGUGUUUGGAUAAUUCAUAUGUAUUGAUGAUGUGUGAAGGUUUUAAAUGUGUUCGUGUAUUAUUCUAUGUUCGUUCAAAUUGUAACUUUGUAUAUUAAUUCGCGUGUGUAUUUGUAUCAUUAUUGCUUGUUUGUGUAAGUUCUUGCUUGCUGUAAAAUAAUGUAUUAUUAUCUUCAUUAAAUAUAGAACGAAAUGCAUAAAAAGUUACAUGUAAUCGGAAUGUUAGUGUGUGUGUGUAACAUGUAUAGGUAAAGGUACAGGCUAGUGUGUGAUUGUAAUAUCUGAUCGAUAUGAAUAGUUAAAACAUAUAUUCAUGAAGAAAUAAAUCUCUUUCAACCAUUCCAUGCAUCAAACCAUUCCAAAAUAUUUCGCGCACUAGUUUAGAUCUAUACCAUCGAUCUGAUUAUAAAUCCAAUGAAAUUAUACGUCACAAAAUAUUUUGAUUUCUUUAAUUAAUAUCUUAUUAAUUUAUUGAAAAUAGGUGUACUGUACAUGCGUUAAAAUCUUACGUAUAGACGGAUAUUUAGUCUAAAGAUUUAUGAGAAACAAUACAAUAGUACUUGAAAAGAUAUCGAGCAAGCAUACAAAUAAAAAAAUUAACACAAAUAUUCGUAUUAAAAACUGCAAGAGAUGGAUCUUCGGAAACCAUUUUGUCAAUAUAAUUCCUUUAACUACUUUAAACAAAAUAGGUAUAAUAAGUUUUUGCCUUCUUAUUAAAAAUUGAAUAAUAAUAAUUAUUAUAUUGAAUAGUUAAGAAGUAUAUCGCUAUGUAGAUAGUAAAAUAUUACCAUGUCGAAAGUACAAAGUAGACGUUACCAAAGAUCUAAUCAAUUGUAAUAAAUAAUAUUACCAUUUAUCAAUGAGUUUUACCCAUAAUUUUGUUUUGGAAGUCGACCGCCUAAAUGACUUAAGGUCUCUGCACACAGUAGGGGUGACGCGCCGUCCGAUUACCGUCGCGUCGAGCGGGACGAUUCUGUGUGGCGUCGUCCGAAAUAUCUAGUACACUACAACUGCUCAGUGUUGCGUUGCCGUCCCGGCACGCCGCGCCUGCUGCAGAGACCUUUAGUUAAACAUUAUAUUGUCACAUCUUCAUCAUCAGUCAGGUUACGUCCAUUGCUAAGGGCUUAGUAUCGAACCGAAACCGCGGUCAGCGCGUUGAUUGGUGGUUCAUUGGAGCCGGCCUAUCAGAGCGCCGAACGCGGUUUCGUUUCCAUCUCGUUAAACAUGAAACAAACUCGUUUUAAGUCCUCUGAAUAAAGGCCUUUCACGUAAUGAUAGACAAAUAUGACGUUUGGAUCGCUUCGGGAUCGAAAAUACAUAUUUUUAUAUUGUAAUUCCAAAGUAUGAACCAUACACAUUGUGCUAUUACAAAACAUCAUUUGUUAGUGCAAACCAGUUAUACGAAACAUUGGUAAAUAACUUACUUCAUAGACAUACAAUAAUAGGAUUGACAGGAUUUAACGGGUAAUCGCCUGUGGCGCCAUUUCGGCAGAACAAAUGCGAUGCUCCUGUCAAUUAAAAAUCAACUGUGUAGUAAAAGACGGCGGUUCAAUUUUCUCUAGCAAAAUCUUAGCGAAUUGUAUAAAAGUAUAUGAUUAGUGCAUUAAUAUUAAUUUACUCAUAAAAGACAUUUUUAUGUAAUGUCUAUUAAACAUUAUAUCGUGGGAGGAUUUCAUUUAAAGUUCAAUGUACUUCAAUGGGUGAUACAGUAUGUUCUCUCACUAGACGUCGCUGCUAUGAUCUUCUUGUUCUCUCACUAGACGUCGCUGCUAUGACCUUCUUGUUCUUCGCCCAAUACGGAAUUAUCAAGUAUCACAUAGGACGUUUAAUGUUGACAGCUACGGUGAUUGGUCAAAAAUAAUUCAUUUUAGAUUAGCACCAUCUAGUGAGAAAAAAACGGUAGUUCACAUUCCUAUCCGUAUCAGCUCAACCAAUUUAGUUAUUCUCGUAAUGUUUAAGUUAAUUUAUAUAUAAGAAAUUAUGAAUAAAACCCGUAGAAAUGCUAGUUUAUAUUUUUAGGGCCGGUUUCACAGUCAUAAAUUAGUAUACAAGAAUCGAAUCAAAAUAAAUGUGUAGAUGUGUGUAUUUGACAACGUCACGGAUCAGACGUACCUACAGAGGUUCAAAGACCUAUUACUACAUACAAGUCGUAGUACUAAUUUAAAAAAAAAUUACUUUUGUCAAAGACACAUGAGAGUUGUAUAACCGGCCAAUUAUAUAAUAAAUUGUAUACAUACAUAACAAUAUUAUAUUAAAAAGUUAUUUAUAUAAAUAUUAGCUUCUGUUAAAGAAGACAAAAGGUACCACUAUAGAGCACUAAGUAGUUAAAUAUUUCGCAUAGUAAUAUAAUAUAUUGAGUUAAUAAAAUAUGUAAAUUAUAUAUAAAAUUAAUAUCACGCAUUUUAUUCUUUGACGAACUACGCAGAUGUGUACUUACAGCCGCUUAUUUCUAUAAGUUAACUUACAAUAUCUGAUUCUUUAUUCAUAUGACUUGUGUAUAUUGAGAAAAUUAAUCAUGUUUCUGUAUAAUUAUUGGCGAUGCAAAGAUUAUCCGCGCGCCUCUAGCGGCGAAAUUUAGAAGUUGUCUAAGAACGACACUUUGCUUUCGAGUUGAGAUUAAUAAGUUUAAACAUAGGCAAUCAAAUGGAUCACGAUUACGUACAGAAACCUGUUUUUAAUAAAAUCAGAAACACAAAACAUUGUUGCGUUCCUCAAUGAAAUAAUUACGGAGAUUCGGGUAUAAGUUUUAAUUUAUUUCCAAAACACAAAAUUAUGAAUCAAAUUUUCUUCCUGUAUGGAAAGAGAAAAGAUCAGCUGUAAAGCAAUUAACCCUCUCAGAUUUACUCAGCAGUGACAUGUAUUUAUUUACUUUUACGGGUAUUCAUUCAAUUCAAUUGAACUUAUAGAAAUAUUGGUGACUUGUGUUAAAUGAAUUGGCCUUAAAUGCUCCAACAAAAAAGAAAAUGUUAUCUGUGAGAGAAAUAAGUCGGUUAUUUUGACAAUGGUAAAAAUUAAACAAAAUAUGUCAUUUAGAGCAAUUGGUGAUUUGUUUGGUAUAAAUAUGUAUACAUGUUCUAAUUAUUUUAAUAAUAUGUGCCCCAUGCUGAAUAGGGUACUCAAAGUUGUUAUUCUUUGUCCUGAUACCGAAAUGAUACGUAGUAACUUACCUAAAUCAUUCCAAAAAUAUAAAAAUACAAGAAUAAUAUUAGACUGUGAUUGAUAAAUGUAAAUGUUUAAAAUGAGAAUAUUGACAUACUCUCAAGAUAAAAAAAACAAUAAAGCUAAGUUUAAUAUUGGAAUAACUCCUUCUGGCAUAAUAACUGAAAUAAGUGCAUCUUAUGGUGGUCAGAUAAACAUAUUGUAAAUGAAUCAGCAAUCUUAAAUAAAUGCGAGUUUAAUGAUGGAGUAUAUGGAAUGAUGGUGUAUAAAGAAUAUAGGAUUGAAUUCGAGUGUAAUGAAGCGAGUUAAGGAAGGAUAUUAACUGAAUAAUUAGUAUAACACACAUUUAAUUAAUUGCAAUUUACUUAAAUAUUCACAAGAAACCACUAAAUAAUAAAUUUUGGUUUAUAUUUAAUAAAUUCUGUGACGUAAAUUAUAUACGAAAACUGUCAGUGUCGUUCUUAGACAGCUUCACAAUUUUGACACUAGAGGCGCUCGUUAGAAUCUUUGCAUCGCCAAUUAAGUGUUACAAUUUAUAGCUUUUGUAAUUUCUGAAAAUAAGUAAGGCCUGGCAGCUUUGUUUGUUGGUGUAUUAUACUAGCGCCUAUACGAUAGUUAUCAAACUAGCGCCACCAAGCGGACUGCAGAGGUUAAUACAAACUUACGUUUUACCAUUUCGGAGUGGUCACAAACAAAUUAAUAUUUUGAAUUAUGUUAAGCACUUUAUUCAAAAAUAUCAAAAUGUUAAAGUAGUUUACUUAAUUUAGGAACCCACAUCGUCAGUUUUUACUUAAAAAGUUCAUAAUUUAUGAUUUAUAUAUAUGUUGAAUAUGUGUGCUCGUAAAUUAAUUAUAUUUAUAAACUUAAAAUCGUUCCACUGUCCUUCAUUUAGUUCUAAAGUUAUACCUACCAAAAGUGAUAUUACGAACAAAUCAUUUAAAAAAAUUUAAUCAUCCAAAAAGUUAGGUGAGAGUCUGUAAAAUAAAAUACAAUUAUACAUACCUAUAUUAUAAUACUAAAAAAACAGUGAACCAUAUAAUAUAAUUUGUAUUUCGUAAAAACUGUAACCAAAAAUAAAAAAAAAUCUGAGCCAUAGAGUAAGCUAGGUUUAUAUAAUGGCUUGUUUAUGGAGCAAUCUAUCUAUAAUCUGUGGUUUUAAUCAAUAGGUCAGAAAAUUAAAACUUGUAAAAUAUACAUAUGUAAAUAUGGAUUUUAACAUUAUACCGAUUACUGUAAAUGACUAUAUUUACAAUAAACCAAAAAUGAUACAUUCAUUUUCAAUCGUCCGAUAUUUUGUGUGCCAAAUAAUUUAGCACAUUUAGGGCGAACUUUUUUAUUGCCAUUAGUUUCAAUAAAGUCUAUUUUAGUCCGUUUUACCAUAAAAUACUUAUUUGUUAACCAAUUUUUUUUAAAACGUUACCUAAAUAAGGUUGCUUUUUAUUCUCUAUUUUUGACUUUUUGUAAUAAAUUAUUUAAAUGCAAGUGUUGAUGAAAAGUUUAAAUACCUUAUGGUAGAAUUUUCAAUGCUCAGUUAAAUUUUAUCAGAGGAUUAACUUUUAAUAUUUGACAAUUCUUCCAUACUAAUAUCUGUCGAAUUUCAAUUUUAUUCUACAGAUAGGAAUUAACUGAUGAUUGAAAAAUCAACCGUUAAUUAAUUAGUGUCAAUAUUCUGAAACUAUUUUUAAUUUAUUAUCUACAAAACAAAGGAGCAACUUCUCCAUUAAUUAAAUAUAAUAUUAUCAUAUCAACAUUGCUAAUAGAAUACAGAUGGCAACAGAAAAUUAUUGUAUUAUUUAUUAUAAGUCAAAUUUAGUCAGAAUUAAGAUUUAAUAUUAUCAUUCCUUUCCGACACAAGUUGUAUAUUCAAGUAUUUUUGUAUAACUAUCUUGAAAAAUAUUACUUACGUAAUCUUCGAGGAUGUUCGAUUAGUUUCUAGCCAUAUUGGAGCUCAUAAUACUAACAAGCAUCCUCGAGCGGUUUACUACUGUUAUUAUAUAAGUUUAAGUAAAUACUGUCCUCAUCAGAACUUCAACUAAUCAUAUUAAUAUUAAUUGUUGUAAGUAACCAACUGUAUAUUCUCGUAGAAAAGGUAUUUUUAAUAAUAAA